CGGCCUCUCUUUUAGUAUAUAUACACACUAUAUUUGACUUAAGCAGCCUUAGCUGAUUAACCUCAAAAUCAUUUCAGACAUGGCUAAACGUUUCAAGCUUAAAUUCCCUUUCUUCCAUUUCUGUCGUCCCAAACACCUUCUCACUCUCUCAGUCAAUCCAUCACCGCCGGCAAUAUACCGGCUAUCUCCGGUCAACCCCACAGCACAAGACAUCAUUUACCCAAGCCUCAAAGCCCCACCUUCAACACCAGAACACACUUCUCCUCCCUCAAAUAAUCGCCACGUGUCAUCAAAUACCGUAUCAGUCGGUUGUGGCUGCCGAUUAAAACCAUGCACACAGUACCGCAGCAUCACUGGAUCGUCAUCAUCAUCUCCAGCAGAAUGCACUUGGAAGAAAGAAACCUUAGUUUCUACGAAGGAUUGUUCUAAUGAGUUUGUGAGUGAGUCUUUGGUGAGUGUAAGCGAGAAAUGCAAAGAGAAGGAAAUAAGUAAAAGUGAUGAAGUGAAAAAGGGUCGGAAGCUGAGAAGGUAUGCUUUGGAAAGUGAGUGUAGUGGUGUGCGUGGGAAUGGGAAAGUGAGGGAGAGCCAUGCGGUGGUGAAGAAGACAGAGAAUCCAUACGAGGAUUUCAAGAGGUCUAUGUUGGAGAUGAUACUGGAGAAGCAAAUGUUUGAGACCACAGACUUGGAAGAACUUUUGCACUGUUUUUUGUCUUUGAAUUCACGCGUACAUCACGGAGUUAUUGUCGAGGCCUUCUCUGAGAUUUGGGAAAUCUUGUUCUGUGACUCACCUGAGGACAACCGAGCUUCUUUUGGACUUCAAGCUAAAAGUUAAUUACUUUUAUUAAUAUUUUUAUUGUUCUUGUGGCUAUAUGUUGAAGAUUUCACGGGGUGAACAAUAGAAAUAUAUGUUUUUUUUUAAUCAGAAUCAAUAGACAUAUAUGUUUGAGUAAUGUAGUCUAUUGUUUAGCUU